AUGGUUAUAACUGGACAUUGGAUUGACACCCAGUGGAGAUUACAAAAACGGGUCCUCAACUUUGUGCAUGUUCCCCCUCCACGUCUGGGCAUUGCCAUUGCAGAUGCUAUUUACAAAUGCAUGUUGGAUUGGGGCAUUGAAACCAAAAUUUAUACAGUGUCAGUUGAUAACGCGUCAAAUAAUGACACCGCACUACGAUGUUUGAAGGACACCUUCUCGAGAAACAAGUGCUUGUUGGCCAAAGAAAAGUUAUUCCAUGUGAGAUGUUGUGCUCACAUACUUAACCUAAUGGUUCAAGAUGGCCUUAGUGAAAUUCAAGAAAUAAUUCAUGACAUAAGGGCAAGUGUAGAGUUUGUAAUCAAAAUUGAAGGGCGGCGAUUGAUCUUUGGUGAAAUUGUACACCAGCUGCGAUUGCCUGAAAAAGUGUUGAUUUAUGACUACAAAACAAGGUGGAAUUCGACCUAUGAGAUGCUAGCUUGUGCUCUCAAGUUCCAUGAGGUGUUCCCGAGAUUCAAAGACAGAGAGUCAAGCUAUACUUUUUGUCCUUCCACAGAAGAUUGGGAAAAGGUAAAAGAAGUGUGCAGUAUUUUAGGAGUUUUUUGGAAUGCAACUCAUAUAAUAUCUGAGAGUGAUUAUCCGACAGCUAAUUUAUAUUUAAAUGAAGUUUGUCGGAUAAAAAUGCUUCUAGAUAGCAAAGCAAAUGAUGAAGACAACUUUAUUCAAUUAAUGGUCUGGAAGAUGAAGAUGAAAUUUGACAAGUAUUGGGGUGAGUGUAACCUGAUGAUGUCUAUAGCAGCCAUCUUGGAUCCCAGGCUCAAGAUACGAGUUAUCAACUACUGUUUUCCAUUGAUAUAUCCUCUGUAUGAAGUGCAAGCGAAUAUAAACAAAGUUCGACAAGCAUUGUAUGAUCUAUAUGUCGAGUAUGUGGAGGUGCAUGUUUCAAGUUCAAGAGAUUCUGGACCAAGCUGUCAAAUAGUGACAAAUGAUCCAGUUAGCAAGAGUAGCAGUAGUUCAUCCUCUACAAUGACACACGUUACUGGAAUGUGUGAAUUUCUAUCUCAUAUUGCUACUGUGGAACCCGUUCAACCGGAGAAGAAUGAGCUGGAUAUCUACUUUGAAGAUGGCCUUCUCACUGCUACGGAGAAGUCGAGCCUGGAUAUUGUCAAUUUAGAUGCUUUGAAAUGGUGGAAAAGCACAACAAAAUACAAGAUUUUGCCUAAGAUGGUUGCUGAUAUUUUAGCCAUUCCUGUUAGCACCGUAGUUUUCGAAGCGACAUUUAGUGCUAGAACUAGAGUGCUUGACUCCUACCGUGCUUCUUUAGCUCCAGAAACUGUAGAAAUGUUGAUGUGUGCUGGGGAUUGGUGUCGUAAGCUACACGGGGUGAAGAAAAGGGAUAAGGCCUUUUUUGAUUAUGAUCAUGCUUUGGUUGGAGUUUAUGUGGGAUUGCUUUCUGUUGAUGGACUUCUUGUUGUAGUUGCAUUUACUCAGCUCCUGAAGAAGUGUCAAGGAUCUGAAAUGUGUUAA